GGACACGAAAAGGUGGUGGCUCUCCUUUUGGAACUAGGCGCAAACAUCAAUUCACGCAGCGGGGCAGCACUGAAUAGGGCGGCCGAGAAGGGGCAUAUCGAAGCGAACAAGCUAUUAUUAAGUAAAGAGGCAGGCAUAAACGCCUAUAACGGCAGGGCCCCGGAGAAAGUGGCCAAAUAGGGACGUGAAGUUGCGAAGAUGCUCUAGAGAACGGCGCGGACAUCAAUAUUGGCAAAGGAGAUGCAUUAUUAAGAGCAACAGAAAACGGACAUGAAACAAUCGCAAAGAUGUUUCUCAAUGCCAAAAUUGAUGUAGGCACAAUUGAU